CGUGCUGCGGCGCGCUUCUUCGCGACAGACCAUAAGACGAUUGAUCGCGGUACGGGUCAGUCCGAGGAAGACUAGCUCAAUUUUUGAAAUGGCACAUGCAGCUUCGAAGCCACCUUACAAAGUCGCCGAUAUCGACCUCGCCGAUUUCGGUCGGAAGGAGAUAAUUUGCGCCGAAAAUGAGAUGCCGGGUCUCAUGGCGCUUCGGAAGAAAUUCGGAGGAUCGAAGCCAUUGAAGGGAGCCAGAAUCGCGGGCUGUCUCCAUAUGACCAUCCAAACCGCUGUCCUUAUCGAGACCCUCGUGGAACUCGGAGCAGAAGUUCAGUGGUCUAGCUGUAACAUCUACUCUACUCAGGAUCACGCUGCCGCCGCGAUCGCCAAAACCGGAGUUCCGGUUUACGCAUGGAAAGGAGAAACCGAAGAAGAAUACGACUGGUGUAUCGAGCAAACUCUGGUGUUCAAGGAUGGCAAGCCCCUCAAUAUGAUCCUCGACGACGGUGGAGAUCUCACCAACAUGGUCCACGACAAAUUCCCUCAGUACCUCGAGGGAAUCCGAGGGCUGUCCGAGGAAACGACCACCGGAGUCCACAACCUCUACAAGCGACUGAAGAAAGGAACUCUGAAGAUCCCCUCGAUAAACGUAAACGAUUCGGUGACGAAGAGCAAGUUCGAUAACAUGUACGGUGUCAGAGAGUCGCUCGCUGACGGACUCAAACGAGCGACCGACGUCAUGUUGGCCGGGAAGACAGCGUUCCUGGCUGGGUUCGGUGACGUCGGGAAAGGAUGCGCUCAAUCGCUCGGAGGUUUUGGAUCCCGAGUCAUCGUAAGCGAGAUCGAUCCGAUAAACGCGCUCCAAGCCGCUAUGGACGGAUACGAAGUCACUACCCUGGAAGAUGUAGUUUCGAAAUGCAGCAUCUUCGUCACGGCCACCGGGUGCAGAGAUAUCAUUCGAGGAGAGCAUUUCGAGAAGAUGCCCGACGACUCCAUCGUCUGCAACAUCGGUCACUUCGAUCUCGAAAUUGACGUGACUUGGCUCGACAAGAACGCCGUGGAAAAGGUUGAGAUCAAGCCUCAAGUUGAUCGAUACACGCUCAAGAAUGGCAAACACAUCAUUCUCCUGGCAAGCGGUCGUCUCGUGAAUCUCGGUUGCGCCACGGGACAUCCCAGUUUCGUGAUGUCUACGUCUUUCGCCAACCAAGUGCUCGCUCAGAUCGAACUCUGGACGAAGCCAGAAGACUACAAGAUCGGCGUUUAUGUUCUUCCGAAGCAUCUCGAUGAGGAGGUGGCCCGACUCCAUCUCGACAAGCUCGGGGUGAAGUUGACCACGUUGCUUCCCCAUCAAGCGGAAUACAUCGAUGUUCCGGUCGGCGGUCCAUUCAAGCCUGAGAUUUAUCGUUAUUGAUGACUUGAAUGAGAGGAAAAAUUCCACUGACGAUCAACUACCGAUAGGUUCACAGUUUCAGGGAAGACACUCCUUUCAAGCUCUUGUCGAGCUUGAUGGUGACUGUAAAUGCCUUGAAUAAAGCUCUCACCUUUCACAGA